CGCGUUUCUCAGGCGCGUUUUGAAGUCGGUGGACAUCAGCUUGAGCUAGAGUUGAAUCCUGACUGCCAUUGCAAAAUACAUGUAUUGCACUUGUAAGUUGUAGCUAAACUAGUAAUUACUUCUCAAGGUGACCUUGCGCUGGCUGGGUCGCGCAUUACGCCACCCAUGUACCCAGCGAUAUCAGGAGCUCCGGAAACACACGACGUAUUUGCUCGUGGUCGGAUUGAACUUUUUGAAGCCAAACAAGUCCCCGGCUAGCUAUCACUACAUUGUAGACCGGAUCCGUGCAGGACAACGUUACCGCUACGUUUCCUGGCUAGCCGCCGCCGUAGAGUGUCGGAGUGCUCGUGGAGAACCGCUACAUAUUCUUGGCUUGCGUUGAGGAUUUGGCUAGCUGGAAGUCGAUAGCACAACGGGAACGGUAACUGCUGAACUAGACACGGCUAGUGGCGGAAGGGCACGCCAUGUGGACCUAUCUCUGGUGUCACAUCGUCUAUCACCUUACACGAUGGUUUCCUAAACACAGCCGCCAGGGAAUACAACUCACACUCAUCCUCUUCUCAUGCGCCUUGCUGGUACCACAAAUCAUCGUGAUCCUCCGUGAUGAAUCUCAGCGCCACUGCGAGCGUGCCUUACUCUACUACAGUAUAGCAGGUGCCUGCAUCACCAUGGUAAUGAUUGGGUUCACCUUGGUGCUGGCGGUCAUGGAGCCACUUGCAUGGCAAGUCAAGCUGGCAUUCCAUGUCUAUGGUGGUGGCUGCUUCAUCUUCGGUCUACUUCAGUUUGCCGAGGUCUUGCAGGCCUCUUCAUGUAAAUCAACAAUACCGGCUCUGUACUACCUGUCCAUGGUGUUUGCCUCCUUUAGUGCAUUUGCAGCAGUUAUUUUCACCAUCCUGGUGCCGUUCUGGGUGUUCAAUCGCUUGUUCCGACACGCUGUCCUGGACAGGAAGGAGCGCAAGGGACUGUGCUAUGAACCAGUGGCGUGCUGUUCCUGUGUCUGGCAUGUAUAGCAAGCACCACAGUCAAACACACACAUCCCACCCCUGCUGAGGCAUGCAGUCGGACGAACUGGGGCCGGGGACGGAUUGAGAUAGGCAUCCACUGCCAAGUCUCAUGUGAUUUCGUGACGAAUCAGUUCCUGUUCAAAGGCACGCUUUCUACUCUACUAAAGCACUUCUAUAGCAUGUCUGAACAUGAAUCAGGGCUAUACAGAUUCUCAUUUAAUGCCUAUACAUGUACAUGAAUUAUGAGUCAGCCAGUAGGAAGCGUGAGUCCAUCGUUCAGAGCAGUCACCUUCUUUGCAACUUACCGCCAACGUCGCAUCUUAGUUUGCAAUAAAUUAUUUAUCAUAAAACAAUUUCAUUUCCCUCAAACCAGUUAAAAUUUCAUUUCUGUUCUUAUUCCAUACUCCAGCA